CAUAAUAAUAAGUAGAGACCUCACAAACAACCACUUCGAUAAUUUCCGCAAACAUGGCUUCAGAGACCAGCUCCACAACACCUAUAUCUACAAGCAAUAAAGAUUUACCAGCCGAACUACGAUAUAUACAAUACGAGCAUUCACUCGAGAAACAAUAUUUACCCUCAAUUCGAGCCCUGAUAUCUAAAGAUUUGAGCGAACCUUACAGCAUCUAUGUGUAUCGAUAUUUUCUAUACCAAUGGGGAGAUUUAUGUUUUAUGGCACUCGACCCCUCUCUCCCUCUAACCCCCACAACUACCCCCCCUCUCCACGGCAUCCUUAUCGCCAAACUCGAAACUCAUUCCUCACACUCCCCACCCACCCUUCGCGGAUACAUAGCCAUGCUCGCAGUCUCAUCAUCAUUUCGCGGUCAGGGCAUCGCAACCAAAUUGGUAAAACUGGCAAUUGAUGCGAUGGCUGCCAGAGGAGCAGAUGAAAUAGUUCUAGAAACCGAAGAGGGGAAUGUGGCCGCAAUGAGAUUAUAUGAACGACUGGGAUUUGUGAGGAGUAAGAAGUUGAAUAGAUAUUAUUUGAAUGGGAGUUGUGCAUAUAGAUUGGUGCUGCAUUUGAAGAGGGUGGGCGACAUGAGUGGGAUGGUGGAGGGAAGGGAUGAGGAUUAUGUUUAAGGUCUAUUCGUGAGGGAAUAUGAAACGACUAGUGAUGGUGAAAGACCAAUCUUCGAACGUCUAGUACUAUCGCAGAGUAAGAGAGGCCUGGAGGUAAGGAUGCGAACGAAAUAGAGGUAGCGAUUGGGGUCCCGGUGACAACGGGAGAAACGCUGAGGAUAUACAAUGGGAUUUUGUAUUGAAUUUUCAUACCCCCAUCUCACCAUAUCUGCACCAACACGCCGGCCAAUUAAUAAAAGAGGAUGUCUGGACAACUUGUCAGUCAAGAAAAGUUUCCGAGACGGCGAGGACAAGGAAGAAGAAGCUAGUCAGUUCAGAUACGGGCCCGCCACUCUCAUCUGUGAAUAACGAAGGGUAGUAAUCGACCAAAAGAGUAAGUAAAAGCUGCCCACUAUACGCAAGGAAUCUCUGUAGCAGUUGAUACAGUAAGAUAGUAGACAACUCCAAUCUUACCUGCUUGUACCCAAAGUAAUUAUCUGUAAAUUCCAAAUCCCAACACUCCAUUCGUCAACCUCCACUCUUGAAAUCAAACUCGGGGAAUUUCAGGACGAUGCCUACUUCCAAGACGGCAGGUAGCAGCUCGUUUCAUAUCACUCUCCUCACCAUCUCCCAAGAAUGAUAGAUACCUAGGUACCCAAUAGAAACUUUAAAAGAAAUAUAUAUACCUCGCUACAAAC